UUUCUUCUCUCUCCUUCCCUUUCUCUCCUUUCUCUUUGAGUCUUUCUUUCUCUUUUUUUUCCUCUGUCGUUUGUCGUUAUCUCGAAUAGCGAAUCAUUAUGAACUUUUAUGUGACACCCUCUGAGCUCCGGUUCUCAGAUGCUGCUAGUCAUGAGAGUAACAUCACCGACGUUACCAAGGUACAUGUUGAUCACUUAUUCCGAGUAACCCUGUAAACUACCCUAGUCACCUUGUGCUUUAUUCAAGGAAUCAACAUCAUCUUGAUGAUCAUUUGAAACAAGUUAAACAAAUCAUCAACAAGUGAAUCAACAAGUUACUUCUCGACAAUCAAUUGGUGUUUAUCAUCAUCUUCUUCAACCGGAAUAAACAGUUCCAACUCAAUGUGUAAGGUUAAAAGUGUCUCUCAGCCCAAAGAGGCUCAAAAUUCAAAUAAUAAUAACAAUAAUUCAUCAUCAUCAUCACCCACCACGACAAUCAACACCAACAACAACAACAAUAGUAACAGUAAUUACAUAAAUAAUAAUAAUAAUAAUAAUAAUAGUAAUUUGAGUGUUUACAAUAAUAAUCAUGUUAACAAUCAUUCAUUACCAAUAAUUUCAACAUCAACAACAACAACUUCAAAUCAUCAUCCCAAUCAAAAUCAUCAUCACCAUCAUCAUAAUCACAAUUAUCAUCAUCAAUUUAAUAAUUGGAAAAAUUGUUCCAAUCGUUUUGUUGGUUAUUCAUAUCCACCAGCAAAUUCCUAUGGACGAGCUGCCCCUUUAGCCGCUUGUCCAUUCAUUAGUUAUUCACCUCAAGUGAUUUACCUUCCAGUGUCUUAUCCGGUCUCACCACCGGUCUCAGGGCAGGUGACAUUACAACCCAAUCCAUUACCUCCACCACCACCACCACCAACCCAACAAACAGGGCAACAACAACAACAACAACAACAGUCUGUUCAUCAUCAUUCCCACCAUCAACCUGCUCCUCAUCAUCAACCACAACCUCAACCUCAACAUACUCCAUUUAAUUCAUUAUCAACGGGUGUUAAUUCACCAACAUCAACCACAGUUGUAUCAUUAACUGGGACAAUUAACUCUCCCACAUUGACCAACAAUCAACAAGUACCACAAUUAACUACACCAUCACCACCGCCAACAACAAUUACACCCAAAAACAAUAUCAUUAAUAAUAAUGCAAAUAAUGUUAAUCCAUAUAAUCAAAGCUCAAUUACCACUAAUCCAGUUUACUCCAAUUUGAUACAAACCAAUACUAUCAAUAAUAAUAAUAAUAAUAAUAAUUUAGCAAUUAACAAUAAUCACAAUUUAAACAGCAGUAACAACAACAUGAACCACAAUUUUCAUAACAAUUACAGUAACAAUGUUAACAGCAACAAUCAAAUUAACAGCAGCAACAACAAUCAUCAUCUAAUAAAUAGUGAUAAUAUUAAAUUAAUUUCCAAUGAUUUAUUAUCAUGCUCUUUGUUAGGUAAAAACAAUGAGGCUCUUCAAUUCCUGUCGAAAGGGGCUCAGGUGAUUGUGCGAAUGCGAGGUCUCCCAUACGAUUGUACCGAUCAAAAAGUGAUUGAAUUUUUUUCAUCGGGAAAAAAUGGUUGUGAUGUAAUGGAUGGUACUGAAGGUGUACUUUUCGUCCGUCGUGGCGAUGGUCGUCCAACCGGUGAUGCUUUCGUCCUUUUUGAUUCGGAAGAGAUGGCGAUUAAAGCUUUACAUAAACAUCGAGAAAUUAUCGGGUCAAGGUACAUUGAACUGUUUCGAAGCUCAACCGCCGAGGUUCAACAGGUUCUUAAUCGUGCAAUGGACUUUAGAUCAAAUUGUGAAACUAAUUCUCUAAAUUUACCACAAAUCCCGUUGAUUCCACAUCAACUUCUUCCAUCGGGAUCACGACGAGAUUGUAUUAGACUUCGAGGUUUACCUUAUGAAGCUCAAGUUGAACAAAUUCUCGAGUUUCUUGGUGAAAAUGCCAAAAAUAUCGUCUUCAGGGGAGUUCAUAUGGUUUAUAAUGCUCAGGGUCAACCUUCAGGUGAAGCAUUUAUUCAGAUGGAUUCUGAACAAUCAGCAGCCAUGGCAGCAGCUCAACGACACCAUAAGUACAUGAGCUUUGGUAAAAAGCAGAGAUACAUUGAAGUAUUUCAAUGUUCAAUUGAUGAUAUGAAUUUAGUUCUAACCGGCGGAGUUCCCAUUCAACGGCAUUUACAAACAACAGGAACAAUAUUACCUUCACCUUAUCGGGCUUACCCUUACCUUGGAGGUGCUCCUGUUUUACCUGCCGGUACAGUGACCGCUGCCGCUGCAACAGCGGCUGCAAUUUCAACAGGAGCUGGUGGAGUUCAUCCAACAUCAUAUUAUCACCCGAUCAUUUAUUGGCCUUAUCCAAGUCCCCCAGUUUCACCGACCACAUAUUAUACCCAUUCGGCUCCUACCAUGUUAUCUUCGGAAUUUAUUCAGAUUCCAUCUUCUUCUCAUCCUCAUCUUCUUCGAAACGGAAUCGGCGAUGGUCGUACCAACGGCGGUGAAGGUCUGGUAACCUUUCAACCUCGAAUUGAGGCCGAACGUGCAAUUCAAUCCUCAGAAAUUGAUUGAAAAUCAACUGAAUAACAAUUAAUUAAACUUUGUAUCCUUUUGUCUAAUAUAAUUAUCAUUACAAUUAAUCAAUUAUUAUUAAUUAUAUUAUCUAAUUGCUAUUAUCAA